AAUUAUGCCAACAAGCUCCAGCUUUGCAUGCUGCUCAGCCUAAAGCUGCGAGGCGCAUUGGCGUUGCACAGCUCCGAAGCGCUGUCCUGUAGCUUGCUAGGGCAAAAAACUUAGCAAAACUCAUAGUGAAAGCGCUGGCAGCCAACUCGGCCUGGAACACCAUUGGAACACCAUUGGAAACAGCUGGAAAGAUGAUGCGCUGCGCGCUCGUAAUCACCGCAGCAGCGCUCGCGGCAAGCAAGGAGUCAGACACGGACGCGGCCUACAAGCGGUCGCGCCUCGUAUACGAAGCGAAAAAAAACGAGCCCUUCGCCCUCAUCUUCGAGAACCCCUACGCGGAGCCGCGCGAGCUUUACUGGAUCGGCUCGGGCGCCGAGCCGAGCCUCAUGGGCACGGUGGAGCCCGGCGGCGAGUUCAAUGUGAACACGUACGAGGGCCACGCCUUCGGCUGGCGGCCGCCGGCGCAGUCGGAGACGUGCACGACCGACGAGCUCGAGGGCACCGUCCACGCGGCGCGCGGCAUGGAGCGCCACGUCUUCGGGGAAAAGCCGCGCGUCCUCGACGCGCACGCGCGGAAGCGCGAGCAGGAGCGCGACGACCCGUUCGAGGCCCACUUCACGAACCGCGCGGCGUACGCGAUGCGGCUGACGGACACGAAGAACGCGUCGCGGACCGUGGACGUGGCGCCGGGCGCGACGCGCAUCUGGUCCGUAAGGAGGGGCGAGCACUACGACUGGACGUCGGGCGACGGCGAGCUCCUGUAUCGGAGCGUCAUCGAGUUCUACGACCAGAAGAAGCACGACUUCAAAGAGGAGCUCCACACGGCGUUAUGUGCGGAGAAGACGCCGCCCUCGGAGCCCGUGCGCGUCGCAGAAUAUAGAGAUGAGCUCGACGGGCGCGACCUGCAGGUCGAGAUUCUGAGGGAGGAGCCUUUGAUAGCCUACCUGCCGAACUGGACGAAGCCCGGCGACUGCGCGGACAUGGAGGGCCGCGCGCUGCGCAUAGGCCUGGCGGACGCGCAGGUCUUCGGGGAGCGGAACGUCAUUGCCGAUAGGCGCGCCAUCUCCGCAAAUCUAGAAUGGUCUCGGAGUAAUGAGACGUCGAUCACGAACCACCUCAUCAAACGGGCGUUCAAACUCGCGGAGAACCUGCGGUCGUACGACGUGACGCCGGGCCCGUUCCAGGAGCCGCUGAACUUCAUCCAGUACGCGCACGGCGGCGAGUACCGGCCGCACUGCGACGGCGUGUGUCAUAGGACGCCCUACGCGCGCGGUGGGCGCGUCGCGACGCUGAUCCACUACUGCCGGGCGCCCGAGGUCGGCGGCGCGACCGUCUUCCCGAAAGCUAGGCUCAAGGUCCAGCCUCAAGAUGAUAGCGCUGUAUUGUUCACCUACAAGCAAAGCGACGGGUACAUGGACGACGGGAACACGCUGCACACGGGCUGUUUAUUGAGAGAGGGCGUCAAGCAGAUCGUGACGAUGUGGAUGCGCGAGGACGUGCACGACGGCGAGCCGUGGUCCGACUUCCUCUCGUGAGUGGAGGCCCUCGCCGCAAUCGAUCGCGU